UUCGUCUCAGCGUGGUUUCCCAAGCGGCAGCCUCGCUCGCCGACUGGCAUCGUCUACAGUCGAACGAGCUCGCCACUGGACGACGGACGUCGCGGCGUCGUCGGCGUCGGCCUCUGGGUUUCAUAAUCAAGGAAAAUGCGCUCUAUAGUUGCUUUCGUCCUCGCGUUCGUGUCAGUGGUCACCGGCUGCACCUUCUGCGACAGACAGUUGCAGCUCAGGCAACUUCAACAAUUGUCCCAGCAACAACAACAACAACAACAACAACAACAACUAGGGUACAAGACGAUGGGUAGUCCGAGACCAUUUGGGGCUGAGAAACCUACCAGGGCGCAGGAAUUUAAUAGGACCGGCGUUCUGCAUCCCGAGUACCAGAUACCUGCUACCCUUCGGCCUGGCAAUGUGUCUCAGUUCUAUUAUCUGAGUCCACGGGAAGGUCCACCUCUUACCUUACUAGUCAGUCCAUGUAGCGGACCCAUAUCAUGGACAGUCAGUUACGUCGAACCACCCGAAAACACUGAAGAAACGGAAGGAGCAAACUCUCAAUCGCGAUGGCCAGUGAAAAGUUUGAAGCCAGGUUCUCCCCUCUUUACCUACAAAGGAGCAGAGGACCAGAAUUUCACCAUAUCAAAAACAAGAGCUGGUUUAUAUUGGUUCGAAAUUAAAUCUAUGGAUCCGCCAGAUGCGAAUCUACAAAAAUUAACACCUAGCACAGUACUCUUGUAUGCAACGUCAAGUGGACUACGACAUAUUCCGGAAUUGUAUGCUAAUGAAAGAGAAAAUCGUCAUCAUUCAUUAAGAUUUCAGCAACGAAGGAGCAAAAGACGGCUUACCAUAUCUUGGAAUAAAAGCAACAUAGAUCCCCAUCUCUCUCAUUAUUGUUUAGCAGUGACAUCAGGAUCUCAAGCACACCCUUUAACGCUUUGCGCAGCGCAAAACUUAUUACGUGUCCAUCCUUAUCCAAGUAAAGGAAGCUCUUCGAAGGAACAGCAACAUCGUGGUAUUCCGGAAGGACUUCAUUGCGUGCGUCAAACGAAAUUGACGCUUCACAGGAUGAAGUAUGAUACCACGUACAAUUUCACUUUAUACGUGGUGAAUACCCGAAAUAAUGUUUCGAAUCGGAUAGCAACCGAUGCUUUAAGAUUCCGAAGAACCCCAGAACUGAUGCUACGUACUGGAAGGUACACUACUGCAAAUUUACGAAAAACUGAUGGAUUCAUCAACUUCCGGUAUCGUCCUCCAGGAAAUGCCUCGAGUAUCUUCCAUAUUCUACCCUGUGGUGGUGGCAUCGUUAAAGCGAAAUUAAGUGGGCCAGGAAUUUUGAGGGAAAAAGAGGUUGUAGGAUAUGCAUCAUUAAGGGUACCACCUUUAACUUCGGGGAAGACAUACACAUUACGGAUAUCCGCUACACCACAGGAAUUAGUACGGGUAUCCGCCAUAAAAGUACUAGCCACCCAAGAAUCGUCCACCAUAUACCCUCAGAUACCAUCCAGAAGUGCACCCCACGAGUAUCGUUCUCUAAGAACUUGCCACGAAGUAACGGUAGGAGUAGAAUCGGCAGGUGCAGCAAAAUAUUGCAUCCUAGUACGAGAAUUAAAAAGUUCAUCAUCAUUAUCCAGCAUAACAACAAUACCAGACCAAUGUGGUCUUCAUCGUCGACGUCGUUCCGAAUAUACCUUCGAAGUAUGCGAAGAGAAACAAAGCCCUCCUAAGGAUAGGGCACUUCCUUUCACCCUGAAGAGACUGCAACCAGGAAAGACUUAUCUUCUACAAAUCACGGCUCAAUUGAAGGGUCAAUCUUUAUCCUAUCCACUGUUAGUUGUACGUACACGACGUUCCUGUAUACCUUGAUACUAACGAAAUAGAAAUUACCAAUGACAAUUAUUAACCCUGCUGUCCUCUUUCUUCGUCAUUGGAGUAAUUAGGAUUUCUUUCGGGGUCCCUUAGAAAUUUUGUAAUUUUGGAAGGCAGAAAAUUUGGAAACCCUAAACUUUGGAAUUUUGGAAUUUAAAAAGUCUAACAUUCUGAAAUUUUUGAACUGAAAUUCCAAAUAAUUCAAUUUGAUAAAGUAAUGUCUAUUUUUUUCUAAAAUUCAAAAUUCUUUCAACUACAAAAAGACAUUCUUUUCGAGGCUAAAUCUAGUCCAGAUUCACUCCAUAAUGUUUACAUUUUGGAAUUUGCAUUUUUUUUUCUCUCUAGUUUAAGAUACCUUUCUACAAUUUUUCUCUGUAAAAAUAUUAAUCAAUAUAGGUACCAAUUACACUUGCACUGUAAAUACAUAUACAAUUUAUUAGGCUGUUGCAUCACAAAUGGCAGAAUUCUGCUAGAACAUUAGGAUAUAAAAGUAUCACAAUGGCUACCAUGCAGAGCAGCCAUGCAAAGUUUAUGUACAGUCCUUUUGUAACUUUUUUAAAAUUGAACCAAACGAGUUUAUUUGAAUUUACAAAAAAUAUUUUUUCACUGUUCAUUACAUCGCGUUUUAAAGGAUGUAUAUUACAAAUAAAGAUUAAAGUACUUAGUCUUUAGUAACUUAAUAAUUAAUAAACUUUAAUGAUUUAUUUAAUUCUUUUUUUUAUUGUUGACAAAUUCUCGUGCCAAUAUUCAAAGAAGUUAUAAAAUCAUAAUUUAAAGGCACCGAAUUAAUUUGUUACACCUCAUACACCAUAAAGAUAGUCAUGGCCAUAAAAGGUCAUACUUAUUAGGAGUAUUUUAAUUCAGUCUUGAUUAACGACCUAAGUUUAUUACCAGCUGAAUCUUCUGGUUCAUAUUGCAACAAAGAUAAUGCUUCUUCUAAAAGACCUUUUUUAUCUUCUCCUGGACAAACGGAUAAUUCUCUUAAGGCAACUGCCGUGUACAAUGCCACUCUUGCACCAUAAGGAUCCAAUAAUUUGGUAACUUCUAUAAUACGUUUACACAAUUCAGUUUUCCUUGGAUCAUUUGCAGGCAGUAGUUGAAUCAGUGAAUGACCAACGGUGAUACACUGUUGAUGUCCUGGAUGCAACAAGGUUGUGAGCCUGAAACAGAAAAAAAAUGAAUCAAUUACGGUUUAAAAAAAUUAAGUUGCUUUAAGGUAACUCUGUACUUGAUUAAUCAACAAGAAUAAUCAAAAGUUGUAAUAUUUAAGGUAUCCUAAUGUAUAUAUCAUAACAAUUUGUAAACUAAUUACUUUUUGUAUAAAUAAAGGAAUUAUUAAUGAUGUUCUAUAAAAUAUAGAGGUAAUUAAGAAUAAAUUACUAAAGGCAGAAAGAUCAAUUUUCGUAUAUUAAAUAAACUGCCUUUUUUUAAUCAAUCAGUGGCGACACGUGUUUAUGGUGGUCUUUUUAAAAAAUACACUAAAUUUUUACAAAAUUGUACUUCUCUAAUCAUCUCACCUGGAAUAAAGAUCGAUUAAUGUA